AUGCCGACACCGCUGGACCGCCUUACGCAAUCAAGGGGUGCUUUCUUCGCCUUCGCCGGCAUCGUGACGGCUGCCACGGCCUGGGUCGUCUGGGGCGGCGACGUCUUCCCCGCCGAGCCCGACCCCGUCGGCGACCCCGCCGCCUGGACGAGCACCGAGCUGCGCCGAUGGCUGAGAAACCGCAAUCUGGUCCCCAGCGAGCUUGCCACAAGGGAGGAGCUGCUGGAUCGCGUCCGCGCCAACAUGCGCCCUCCUCCCCGCGCCUAG